AUUCAACCUGAUCACAUCAGUGAAUAAACCAAAAUGUUCUCCAAAAUUGUAGCUCUGUGCGCCUUCGUGGCUGUGGCCCAGGCUGGUCUUCUGGCGGCUCCCGCUCACUACUCCUCCGCUGCCGCGGUGUCCUCCCAGAGCAUCGUGCGUCACGAUGAGUCGGCUCCUGUGGCUAAACUAGCCAUUGCCGCUCCCGUGGCUAAACUUGCCGUCGCCGCUCCCGUUGCCUACCAUGCUGCUCCCGCCGUCGCCUACCACUCCGCCCCUGCCCAUUACUCCUCUGCCGCCGCUGUGUCCUCCCAGAACAUCGUGCGUCACGACCAGCCCGCCGUACACGCCGCCCCCGUAGCCUACCACGCCGCCCCCGCCCACGUCGCCUACCACGCUGCUCCUGCCCCCAUCGCCUACCACGCCGCUCCCGCCGUAGCCUACCACGCAGCCCCUGUUGCCAAGGUUGUCGCCGCUCACCAGGAAGAGAUCGCCUACCCCAAGUAUGAGUACACAUACUCGGUUGCUGACGGCCACUCCGGUGACAACAAGUCCCAGCAGGAGUCCCGCGACGGUGAUGUUGUGAAGGGCUCUUACUCCUUCCACGAAGCUGACGGUUCCAUCAGGACCGUGGAGUACUCCGCUGAUGACCACAAUGGAUUCAACGCGGUCGUGCACAACACCGCCCCCACUGCCGCCCCCGUCGUAGUCAAGGCUGCUCCCGCCCACUACUACCACCACUAAGAUGUAAUCACUUACCAACUAAGCAAUGUUGACCAAAAUGAAUGUUGAACUAUUUAUUUAAAGAA